AUGCAACAUGCUGAUUCUGAUGCCCCCGAGGAAACUGAAAAUGCAAGUGCUGUCUCACAAAACCCAGAGACCCCUCGCACUCGGCGUCCUCGGCAUCCUCGGACUGUGCCUGAGUCUUCGCGGACCACCCGGCAGUCAGCAAGACUGAAGCCGGAUGGAGAUGGCGUCUUCGAAGAAGAUGUCUCCCCAACCAAGGUCGUUGACAGUCAAAGCACCGAGCCAGAUGAUGACAUGGACUCUAACCAUUAUGAUGAGGAGUUCAAGUCCGAACCUCCAUUUCAAAAAAUGUCUCAAUCUCCUGAACCUCGUAUGGUUGCUUCAGCCCCGGUGUCGCCUGGGGCUACUCAUAUCGACCCUGCUGAUGCUAGGAUCGAUGAUCUGAACAUCCAUAUGGACGAAAUUGUAGAUCCAGCCAAAGCAAAGGCUGAGGAUACGCCCGUCGGCCACAGCCCAAAGAUUUCCCACAUUGAACCAGCGCAAUUCAGUGCAGUGUCUUUAUCCCGACUUGCGCGCAAGCGGAGGUCACUGGAACUACAAACUGAAACUUCGGAUGUUGAUUCCGAGGAUCAUUUGAACAAAAAGUUGCGAAUCGAUGAGACUGAACUUGAAGAGACUCCAGCGAGCCAUUUUCAAAAUGGUGCAGAGCUUGAUACUCUAAAUGAAACAUCUCCUGAGGACAUCCCUAUUCCUUCGGAAGAAUUUGACCCCCCUGCUUACAACCCUACUGUUCGAGGAGGCCGUGGAGGCCGAGGAGCCCGUGGCGGCCGGGGGCGAGGACGUGGCCGGGGCCGUGGUCGCGGAAGCCGCGGUGGUUUCGUCGGUCCAAUUCGACCUACAGCAGUUACCAAGCCUCGAGGCGGCCGAGGACGUGGACGUGCCAAGGCCACCAUCAUCAAACGCGGCAAGAAAAUCGAAGACGAGAUCUGGGACGUCACCGAGAAUUGGCGUGGCUCCACCCCAUCGCCUACUCCAGAAUCAACGCCAGUAAAAACUCGCCAGGAGGAAAUGUCUGUGCUCUUCAAGAAGGUUGGCCAGGCGCAGCAUAUUGCGUUGAGUUUCAUGGCCGAUCAGACCAUGCACAAGCUUGCUCGCGAAAAAAAUGUACACAAAGACUGUCCAGAAUUCGAACAAGUCCAGCGGGAUCUGGACGAGUACGAACGCAAGGCCAUUGGGAGAGUGAGAAACGAAUACAAGGUGAACAUCGAGUUGGAGACUCGGAAGCAUGAGGGCCAUGUUCAGGUGAUCAAAGACACCUCAAGGUUACUUAUUGAGCAAGUCCAAGAGGAGAUGCUUACGAUGCUUAUGGGCAAGAUGAUGGCCCUGAUCCAGGGCCGCAGGGUGGCCGAGGACGAUGAACACACCGAGUACGACACAUCGGAUUCAGAAGAAUCCGUGAAGCAAUUCCUUUUCCGAGACGGUGAGACGGCGGUAAGGCAGGCAGAGCGUGGAUUUGCAGCCGAAGCAGUUCGAGACCCCGAGGGGGCUGUUGACUUUGUGGCCGCGGAGGAGGGAUGGGAGGAAUUCGUCCAGAGAGUACGAAUGGGCCGCUUGAACGAGGAGAUCGCACCAACUGAAAUCUCUGAUGAAGAUGCUCUGCGAAUGUGUGCCAAGGAUGCCUUCGGCGGCAUGCUUCAUGCAGCCACCUACAUCCAGGAGCAAGAGGCGGCCGGCAAGGUCGUAGGCUACGAUGGCACCGCUGAUUUCCCAGUGCACCCACGAGCACUUUCCAUUCUGGCAGACGUGGCUCUGACCGAGCCCCUGCCCCAACACCUCCCAAUGAUGCGAACCGACCCCAGCACUCACCACCGUGCUCUCCUCCCCCAACCCACCCACUCCCACCCGGGCCCUCCCCCUCCCUCCCUCCAUGGCCACGGGCCAACAGACCCGCGGUCCUUCAUCCUCCCACGGCCCACCCCAACCCAGCAGCCGCGGCGCCUUCUCCCCGCCCGCCAGCAGCUAGGUUUGGGGCUGGGCCUGCCGGACCCGUUCGCAAUGAACGGGCCGCCGCAGCUGCCCCCUCCCCCGGGCUCCAACUUUGCGCGCCUGCCCCUGCCGGGCUACAUGCCCCAGGGCCACGCGCCCUCCCUGUACUUCCCGCCUCCGCCACCCGGACCGCACCCCCCGCCCCCGCCGCGCGGGUACUAG